AUGUAUCUGAUUAAAAAAUCUUUGCUUCCCGACACAGCUGUACUUCUCUUUUUCCUAAAACUUGCCGUAUCACACAGCACAUUUGUGGCAAGGUUGUUCUGCAUCCCAUAUCUAGUCAUGGAUAUUGAGUCAACAAUGGAAGCAAACAAGGGAGGGUUUUUUGCUCAUUGGGGGAACUGCCUCAAGGCUAUGCCUAGGAACAUCAAGUUUAUGGUUGUCAACUUCACAAGGAGCAUAGCACAGAUUGGAAAAGAUGACCCCAGAAGAGUAAUUCACUCAUUAAAAGUGGCAAUUGCUCUUACGUUGGUAUCCUUGGUUUACUACUCGAGGCCUCUUUAUGAUGGCUUCGGAGUUGCUGGAAUGUGGGCUGUUUUGACAGUGGUGGUAGUAUUUGAAUUCAGCGUAGGUGCAACCCUAUGCAAAGGUUUAAAUAGAGGAUUUGCUACAUUAUUAGCUGGUGCUUUAGGUGUUGGAGGGCAACAUUUAGCUACUGCUUUUGGAGAAAGAGAAAAACCUAUUGUCCUUGGGAUCCUCGUCUUCAUUCUAGCCGCAGGGGCUACUUUUUUCAGGUUUUUUCCAAAGAUCAAAGCAAGAUAUGACUAUGGGAUGGUGAUAUUUAUAUUGACAUUCUGUUUGGUUACUGUCUCCGGAUAUCGAGUGGAGCAACUCUUUGAGCUUGCCCAUCAGAGACUUUCAACAAUUUUAAUAGGGGCAACAGCUUGCAUGGUCAUCUCCAUUUUCAUUUGUCCAGUAUGGGCAGGUGAAGACCUUCACAAGUUGGUAGCUUUCAACAUAGAAAAGCUGGCAAAUUACCUAGAAGGAUUUGAAGUCGAAUAUUUUCAUUGCUCAGAAGAUAAAGAAAAAUGUGAGAAGUCAGUUCUUGAAGGAUACAAAAGUGUUCUCAAUUCCAAAGCAAGUGAGGAGUCCUUGGCAAAUUUGGCAAGGUGGGAACCGGGACAUGGCCGUUUUGGUCUUCGUCAUCCUUGGAAGCAGUACUUGAAGAUUGGAGCACUUACUCGGGGAUGUGCUUACAAGAUAGAAACCCUUAACAACUACCUUAACCCGGAAAUCCAAGCAUCUUUGGAAUUCAAGUGUAAAGUUCAAGAACCAUGCACAAAGAUGAGUUCAGAGUCCAACAAGGCGUUGAAGGCAAUAUCUUCCUCAAUCAAAACAAUGACACACCCAUCAGUUGCCAAAAGCCACAUAGAAAAUUCAAAAACUGCAGUUGAAGACCUCAAAUUUGCUCUCGAAACCGUUUCUUUGGAAGAUACUGAACUCCUACCCAUAAUACCAGUUGCCACAGUUGCAUCAAUACUUGAAGAAAUCACCAAGUCAGUGGAGAAAAUAUACGAGUCUGUUUCCGAGCUUUCUCACUUAGCCCAGUUCAAGAAUGCUGUAGAACCCAAUGUCUCACCAGAGAAGCCACACCUUCUUCAUCGAGGUAUCAUAAAACCUGUUGCGGAUAUUGAAAACACCGUCGACCACGUUGAAGUUAUGAUCCCAGACAUAACCACAGACUCACCGGAAAAAGAAAAGACGCCAACAAAACCCUCCGAACAUAUAUCUGAAGCACACACGUUGAAAGAGAUUGUGCAAGUCUUACCCUUGGGACCUGCAACAUUCACAAGUCCAUAUGUUGCUAUUGCCUGA